AACGCAUUUUAAAAUAGAUGUUACGUCCUGUUAAUGGGGCACGUCAUCAUCGCGUACAUUUCGGAAAAACUCCCUGACGAGACCUAAAAACGGACGCCGCAGACAGAUUCUAUCGGCGGCUUGGCCGCGAGAGCGCUUAUCUGCAGCAGUGACAGUGUAUUGCCUAUUGGGGCUUAUCGGCGAACCUAAAGCAUAUACAUUGCAUGGUUGCCGCUCUUAUUCAUGCUGCAUCAACAAAGAAAUCAGUCAGAUCUUUUAGAAUCAUAAGAAUGUAUAUCUAGGUUGUACAUAGACAGAGUUUGGAAUGAUGGCCAUGAAGAAUGAUAAUCCAGGGUUGGAGGCAAAGAUUGCGGCACUCAUGGAGAAAAACGAGAAGAAGAAAAACAAUGAAAAAAACCCAGAAAAAAUAGAUAAAGAUGAUAAAACUGAUAAAGAUGCUUCCAUCACAACCUAUGAGGAUUACUGCAGGGUGGAAAAAUUGGACGAAUGGCCUUAUAGAUUGACAUCAGAAGGGCCUUUGGGAAUUGACGAAAAUGCAAUGGGGUUCGGAACGAAAGACGAUAUUGUCAAUAUCAUCAAGGAAGCAGCACCAUUGGACUUGGAAGCUCUUGAUAGCCUAGAGAAUAAGCUUACCACUUUGGAGCGGAUUUUGAAGUCGUAUGCUGAUAAACUUGUGACGGAUGAGCACCGAGAAUCGCCGAGUGAAUUACAGAAAUGGUUGCAUUCACCAAGGAAGUCUGUCGAUGAAUCUGAGGGGGCCAAGUCUCACGGAGGUAAAGCGGUCAGGAAGAACACCUUCUCAGAGUCAGUUGCAGAGAUGCGGAAAAGGAGCCUAGAUUUCUGCUCAUUUCCUGGAUUCAGAAAAGGAGAGCUGACCGAAUUGCCAAGUCAGUUGGAGAGCCCACAGAUUCUGCAUCGGGUCACCAAAACACAAGAUUUCAAUCCUGGUUUCAAGAAGUUUUGGCAGAAGAUCUUCCUGUCCGAAGCAUCGGUUGCCAUAAUGCAAGAUUUCUUCUGGUGGUUUUUCCUGGACAAUUACGAGACAAACAGGAAGGAUGAACAGACACUGCUAUUCGACCGCAUUGCAGACAGUUUUUGUGCCCUCUUCAACAGUAUCAAUCCAGAAAUCAAAGACAAAUUCUUCCAGGUUUAUGACAACUGUCUGGCACAAGCUAUCUUUGCGGCAUACUAUGAAGCUUUCUCAGAGUCUCAAAAGCAGUUUGACGACGACUUCAAGGCCAAACUAAUCAAUACAACGAGCCAAUGGAUAUCUGGUGUAAGGCCUGCACCCCGCGUUUACAAAUCCUGGAACAUCAAACGAUUGACGAGAAAAUCACUAAAGCCGGGAGAUGAUACAAAGAAUAACAUGUCUAAGAUGGUGUCUGCUCUUAGUCAAGAUGGAGUCAAAAUAGACCUUGACAUUGACUCCUUUGAAAAAAUGGUCAACAAACUAGGCGACACUGGUCCAGGUGUUACAAACUCUCGCCAAAAUACCGCUGACCUAGGUUCCACUAGGCCUGUGACUGUGUCAGGGCCUGCAGCAUUGCCAUCACAGUCCAUACAGCCGUUGAAUGUUUCAAGACAGGCACAGUGUGGUUCCCCUAGAAAAGUAGGGAAAGAGUCUCAUCAAGCUGGUCCAGGGCCCAAGUUCGAACGUGUGCUCUUCGAUACGUUGGGUAGAAGUCCCCUGAUUGCUCACUACUUGCACAGAAGACAGCUUCAAGACAUCAAAAGACCAGAGCUAAAAGUCAAAAGAACUGAAGUGGUUUCAGUUCAGCAGGAUGCACCAACAUACCGUGACCUUAUAAACAAUAGGAUGGCAAUGUCACAAACACUGUCAAAGGAAUAUCAGAGAAUCUGCGACCAGACAAACCAAGAGAUACUGAGAAUUGAGAGGAAGAAGAUCGACACCAACCGAGAAAUUGACGCCCUUCAAAAGGAGAUUCUAUUCAAUAGAAAUCCUGUUGACCUGAAGAUAAUGAGUGAAAAAAUCUUGGAAAUGAGAGAAAGAAACACCCCUACAGCAGGCAUAAACGUAGGAGAUUUAAGGAUACAGUGUGACGACUCUUCCGAAGACAGUGACUGAGGCCAGAGUAGUGGAAUUGGGAUAAUAGCUCAUCAGUGAGAAAUCGAUAGUCAAGAGCUAAUUAGUUUUGUGAUUGCUAAUCUUUCAUAUGGCUAGUUUCUCCAUUUGAGGGGUGAUAUCUCAUCAAAGAAAAAUCUGAGGGAGAUCAGACACUACCUUGUUUUGUGAAAAACUAAUUAUUUUAUGAAAAACUAAUUAGUUUUCUGAUUGCUAACCUUUCAUUUGAUUAGUUUCUCCUUUUGAGAAAUUUAAGCUCAACUUAAAAAUGAGAUUGUUAAAUGAAUUGUACUCAAUGUGUAUAUAAUUGUAAAAAGUUCUAUA